AUUCGUUUCGUAUAACUUCAUGAAUAUAACGUGAAUAAAAUUGUUAUCAUCGAAGUUUCAUUGCACACGUUACUAUGGAUUAUAUAAAAUGGACUAUUUUCAUAUUCGCUUUCAUGCGCUUGGCAGCGGCUCUUGGAGAAGAAUCUCAAAAGCCUAGUAAAUUGACUGGCGAGCAGAAACUUCUCAAGAAACUUUUCAACCGAUACAACAAGCUGGUUCGACCGCAGGGUUCACCUCUUAAUGUGUCGCACUUUAUCGAGUUGAGAAGAAUCGUCGGAUUGUAUUCGUUCAAUUAUGUGGUUGGGUUGGACAUUUGGGACAACCAAGAAUGGACUGACGAUCGUUUGGUCUGGAAUCCAAUUGCCUACUCUAACGUAACGCUGCUGCACGUGCCUAGUGACGUCAUAUGGACACCUGACAUUGUUGUAGUCAACAGUGCGGCCGAAUACCCGAGGGCUUCACAACCAACAAGUAACGUCAUAAUCAACGCAGACGGCAGCAUUGUUUACUACCAGUCAAAACUGAUCUACGCGUAUGGGUGUAGGACAGCAGCGAAUGUUGAAUGCAACGUUAAAUUCUAUUCAUGGACUUACAAUGGGUUCGAACUUAACUUGAUAAACACAAUGGAUGAAGUGGCCACCAAUUACGAGUUUGAGGGCUCUUUCUCAAGCAGGAAGUUUUUGUCAGGAAAUGUCACUCGCAAUGUUCAUCGCUAUGCGUGUUGCCCCGAGCCAUACGUUAGCCUCACGUAUAAACUUAAGCUAAACCUUUAAACACCAUAGUACGAAUGCUUGCAGAUUCCAUGAUUACAGGCUGAUGUUCCAAUGUUAUGAAUCAGUUAUACCAAUCAAUAUAGAUGGUCUUUCAAUGUACUGUUUAUCAUUCAGUUAGACCACAGCCCUUUGUUUUGUUCCAUAAAUUAAUAACUAAAAAUAGGACGAUAACGAGUGAAAAAGCACAAUAUUUUCAUUUUUUUAAAAAACGAACAAGAAAGCGAGCAGAAUGCGAAAAAAUGGUUCUGAUAAUCAAUCAAGUGUUUUUUCAACAUACUGCCCUUUUUUCUAUUUGAAAACAUUCUUGAACUAAUUCUUUAUUGGGAAAUGGAACAAGUUUUAAUACUUACCAUAUACUCAAUAGUUUUUAGUUGGCAGAGAAAUGGAUAGGCUAAUUUGCUAAGAUAAUUAUAACUAAAUUUCAGAAAAAUGUUCAUAUUAUUCAUAAUAAAUAAUAACCUUGCUUUUAGGAAAAGGUUUGAUUUUUUUUAUCUGAGUUUCUUUAACUUUAUUUAAGAGAGUAUUAGUACUAUAACAAGGCACUUGUUUUGAUUGAUAUUUAAGAUAUGAAUUUUUAACAUGAAAGGUAAGCAUGUAUUAAAGAGUCGCUGCAAACAAUUUUGGACUCUUCAUACACUUCUUGCUUUAAUUUCAUGUUGAAAAUAUGUGUAAAGACAAUGAGAUGUGCUUACCAAAAUGAACAUUAAGGUCAGAAUUCAACAAUUUCAAGGAGUAGUUUUAUCCAUCAAAGAAAAAAGAUUUCAAAGUAGGCUUACCCAUUUUCGGUUUGUCCACACUAGUGUUCCUUUCUAAACGAAUCGAUAUUUGUGACCAGAUAUUUGUCCGAAAUUGGUGUGAUCGUCUGAGUAUUACUUUCAAUCAUUAUUUCAGAUCAAACAAUGAAACAUUCCUGGGGGUUAAGGCUUUGUUUUACAUCGCUGACGUCAUCGGGUUAAUUUCUAGCCGUAAUUAUCUGACUUGAAGCAGACAAUAGCCUUUUGAGCAAAACAGACUCUAAAAACGAAAAAAACAAAUACAAUGAUAAGCGACAACUAUUUCACAAUUAAAUUUAAUGCAUUUUUUUAAAAGAAUGGUUGCCUUUGGAAAAAAAAUCUUCGAAGUCAAGUUUUCAUUUCGAUGGGAAAACAACAUUUCACCUCAGUUCGAAAAUUUUAAAACAUUUUUAGCAGGAGACGCCAUUUUGUGAUCAAAGUAAAUGACGUCAAUACAGAGCCUUGAACGGUUCGCUUCAUAUUGGUGCGGUCGCGCAUUCGUUCGUUUUAAGAUUUUCAAAAAACAACCGCGGUAAAUUGGCGGAACAAUACAUCAAUUUGGUGUGGCCUUAGGGACUACAUAAUUAGUAUUUUAAUUUAAUUCCUAAAUCAAAACAUGUUUUCACCGUCUCUGACUGAUGCUUUUUAUGCUGUUAUCUUUACAUAGUCUCCUUCGGAAGAAUUUCGGAAAACGGCCUAGGCUUAAACACCACAUUUACUGAAUGAACAUAUUAUAUGAAACUGAAUAUCAGAAAUAAGUAUAUCUUUGAGCGGAAAAUGUAUUUUUGUUCACACGUAUUUGACUUACUUGCACCGCCCUUGUGUUUAUUUCAUAAUAGCUGAUACAAUUAAUUGUUGCGUGUAUAAAAAAGUAAAAUUACCGAAAAAAUAAACUUCAAGGGUAUCUUUCGUUAAAAAUCAACACAUUGUAGAUAUUUGAUCUAUUAUAAUAACCCCAGUACGUUUGCAUAGUACACUUACUGGGAAGACAUCGAUAACUUUGUCAUUCAUAAAAAUCUUGUGCUAUUUUUACUCUUUUUUUUUGUUCUAUUUUUGCAUGAAAUUAAUGUGAACACACGUUUUACUGAUUUGUGCAUGCUUGAUUAUAUAUUAGAAAGAAAGAAAUAA